AGAGAGAGAGAGAGAGAGAGAGAGAGAGAGGGGUUCUCCAGGAGCUGUAGCCUACUUAACGAAAAAAAAAAGAUACUAAGCGAAUUCAGCUUUUUUUGAGUGUUCGCACGUUUACAGCCUCAGCCAGACAAGAAAAAAAAAAGAGAGAGAACACCGAGUAGGAAGGAAGAAGGAAAAAAAAACAUACGAGGAGACUUGGCUGAUGCAUCUCUCCGAGAGCAUCCAUUUCACGGCGAUUACAGUUUGAAGCGGAGGAGACGGUGCGCAUUUCUCUCCUCUCUCCUCCGAACUCAGUUUCCUAGAGCGGCUGCGUGGCGCAAAGACACUUUUUCUUUUCUCUCCCUCUCUCUGCGUUCAUCGGCACGGACAGUAUUUCAUAACAAGCCUGUUUACUUGGAGCAGAGAGGAAGGAAAAAAAAAAAAAGAGAAGAAGCAGGUCGUCCGCAGUUCCAGUAGGCGACACUGCAUCUUGUUUGUGGAGUGGGAAUUUGCGAUCCGCAGCUCCAAGACGCAAAAAAACAAAACCAAAAGGAAUAAUCCGACGGUUCAAGUUUUCCUGGAAGUUGCGCAGUGACAGAACAAAAAAAGAAAAACAAACAUGGGAAUUUGUGGCUAUUUGGCGGUGCCUGGGAAAUGCCUUGUCGUCCUCGGACUUAAAUUGUUAUUCCUUGUACCCGCAGGAGUUCCAGCCAGAAGCGGGGAUUCUGUAGUAAAGGACAACAUCACCGUCAGACAGGGGGACAGCGCCGUCUUAAAAUGCAAUGUGGACAACAAAGUAUCUCGAGUGGCGUGGCUCAAUCGCACCACCAUUCUAUUUGCAGGAAGUGAGAAGUGGUCUCUGGACCCUCGUGUCAUCCUGAUGGAAAACACAGCAGUCACAGAGUACAGCAUCAAGAUCCAAAAUGUUGACGUCCAUGACGAAGGGCCCUAUGUCUGCUCAAUCCUCACAAACAAGAAACCAAAAUCCACGAGAGUGCAUCUCAUUGUUCAAGUACCCGCCAGGAUCACUAACAUAUCGAAGGACGUCACAGUCAAUGAGGGCAGCAACGUCAAUCUUAUGUGCCUGGCCGUCGGUCGACCUGAGGCCAACAUCAUCUGGAAGCAUCAUUCACCAAGAGGAAUUCAUAAAUUCGUGACAGAGGGAGAACACGUGGAGCUGAAAGCCGUCACCAAAGAGCAAUCGGGAUCGUAUGAAUGCAUCGCUUCUAAUGACAUCUCGAACCCCGAUGUCAGGACAGUGCAAGUCACCGUCAACUAUCCUCCCUUCAUUUCUAAAGCGAGAAGUACAGGUACUCCAGUUGGACAAAAAGGAGUCCUGCAGUGCGAAGCGUCUGCUGUCCCGAGGGCAGAUUUUGAGUGGUACAAAGAAGACCGCAGGCUCCUCAAUGGACUAAACGGGGUUAAGAUAGAGAAUCAAGGUAAACAAUCAAUGCUGGUCUUCUUCAACGUCUCAGAAGAAGACUAUGGCAACUAUACCUGCGUUGCCACGAACACCAUGGGGAUCACUAAUGCCAGCAUAAUCCUUUAUGGUCCUGGCGCGAUGCACGAUGUGAACGGGGCCGCCGUGUUGCCACGUUGCUCCAUAUGCCUCCUGGUGACUGUAAUCUUGCUCUACCUGCUGAAAUUCUGAGGUGAAAUGUGACAACCUUCAAGCUUCUCUCAGCAACGGCAAGAACAGACUAUUAGUCCUAUAAGAAGAAUGGAAACCCGAGAGCGCCAGUGGUCCACCUUUAGUUUUCUUUCUGUUUCUUUCUGGCUUUGCAUCAGAGUCUGUUCUCUGUUGGUUCGCCAAGAGUGAGAGGCGUCAAUCCAAGGAAGGGAAAAAUUUGAAUCGUGCACUAAUUUGAUGAUGGUACAGCUACUGAGUUUGUGUCUCCCCAACCUUUUUGUAUGUGAAAAGGGAAAAAAAAUAUAUAUACAUGUAACUGUUGAUAGUUGACUGUUUAUUGCCCAAUAUUGAAGUGUACAUUCAGAUUAUUAUUAUUGUGUCACGUCCUGUUCAAUAUCUGUAUAAUACCAUUAAGCUUUUUUAAGUAAAGGACAAAAAAAAGGAAAAAAUACAAUGUGAUUGUUGAAUUUUACUGUAUUUUUACAGUUGUAUGCAAAACAGAGAAACCGAUUCCUUCAUGAUAAACAGAACAAUAAAUAGAACACCAUGAUUUCUCAGGCAAAGUCCUACAGCAUAGUGCAUCCAACUUUUUAUUUCCAUCGUAGUGUGUGUAGAAAAUGUACAAAUGUGUACAGAGAAUUCCUGCACUGUUUUUCAAAAUGCAUACAUUUAUCAAAUGGCGUUUUUUUUUGUUUUUUUUGUGAAACACCUAAUAACAGUGUCAUAGCAGCUUUACGGUAUAUUCAUACUGAGAUCGCCUGACAUUUACGUGCAUCUUUGCUCUCUACAGGGGAAAAAAUGAAUGAAAUGUUCAGAGAUAAACUUAUUUAACGGUACUGUACAGGAAGUACUGAUGGCGUUAUUAAAGCGUGAGGUUAGUGGGUGGUCUAAUUAGCAACAUGGCACUGAACUGACUUCUCACUAAGUGCUGCUGUUAAUUGGAGGAAACUAAUUUUAAUUUGCAACAGACGAUUUUCCAAAAAGCUCCUGAUGAUAUUUCUGGCUUUUGUUUUAAUGCUGCAACUUGUAUGAUUUAUUUAUUUUUAUUUUUUUCACAGUUUGCCUUUGAGUUUCCUCCUCAGUUAAUCAAUUUGGAUUAACAGAGCCAAACAGGUUGCAGCUCAUUACAAAUAACAUGUUCGUUUGUUCCUCUAUUGAUCUUUGAUUGGAAAAUAGAUGCUCUGGAACUUAAUAAUAAAUGGUAAUCAUCUUUCAAAUAUCUCUUAAAAUAUAAAAUGCAUACAGUCACCAAGGGAGAAGUGAGAAAAGAUAGAGCUACUUAAGGGACCAUGUCAGUGUUUCUGCAGGUUUUAUCUUUUUUACUAAAAGCAUAAACUUUCCAGUCAGUGUUUGUUUUUCAUUCAGAUCUGUACGAUAUUAAAAGUCAACAUGGAAUAUCUUUUAUUCAUUACAGUAAACACCACAUAUUCUUUCACUGCUGUUAUGGAUAAGUUAUCAAAGCAUGGCAACACAAAUCAAAAGUAUGCACUUCACUGAUUUUAAUAUAGAAUGGAUUAAGAUGAAUACAAACCAUGGUACGUUCCUUUAAUGAGCUUCUUCACAUGUUCUAUAUAUAAAUGAACUUCAUUAACAAGCUUUAUACUCAAACACGCUCUGCUAGUCAGUCAGAAAAUAGAUGUUUUAUCAAUUUAUCGCCAAUAUGUUUUAAUGUGGUUAAGUGGUGGGAAGCUGGAUAAAUUUAAAACUCCUUCAAUCUGAGUACACCUGAGGAAGACAGAGGAUAUAUUUGACAACUAAACAGCACUCAUGCGCAUCCAAGUAACAGAUGACACAAGCUAAAAUACUUCAUGAACGUCAGGACGGUAAAGUCAACUUGAAUGAAUGUUCCGUGCAGCUGCUAUGAAGCUUUUUUUUUUUCAGGUGUUAUGAAUGUGUGCUUUAAACCUGGUUUGACCAGAGAUGAAUAGCAGACACCGCUGAAGCCCGCAGGAGUGAUCGUUGUGUUCUGUGGUCGGUGGAUGCAUUUUCAAGGGAUAUUUUUUAGUCUGCCAUCGGACAGAAAUUUCCAAGUGACGAGAAUAUACUUAAAGCACAAAGUGAUUGAUGAUGUGAUGUUCUGCUAUUGUCCAGUUCACUCCUGUGCAUACUUAUGAGUAAGAAGUUUGUUGAAGACAAAACAACUGGGAUGAGAUUGAUGUAUGUGGGAAUGCUUUUGUUGUACUCAUGUGCUUGUAAUGAUGGUGAACCAGUCAGCUGCAGAUCAUGUCACAGGAUGUGAUUUCACUUUUUAGGGGUUUGCAAAAAAAAAAGAAAA